GAAUCUGUUGUAAGCUCUCAUCUUUAAAGGGGGCGGGGCGAUUGUACGUCGCGGAUUCGCGCCAGAGCAGAUGCUUCAGCAGCAGCCGACGGUUCGCCGGUAACGAUUUGCUCGGUAUACGGUUCACUUUGUGAGAAAUAAAUCACAGUUGAACAGGUAAACUGGGCAAAACUUGACGUUUUUUCUGAGUUGUACGUGUUAGCUAACCCGCUAAUGCUGUAAGGGGUUAGCUAACUGUCGGUGGAAAGAGUCCUGAAGGCGGCGCAGGCGCAGUCUCAGCCAGAGAAAUGUGUGGAAGGACAGCGUGCACCCUGGCCCCGGACGAAGUCAGCCGGGCUUGCCUUUACCGGGACCGGCGGGGACGCCGCAGACAGCCCCGCUGGAGGGAUGGAGACCAGGAGAAGUACCGACCGUCGUACAACAAGAGCCCACAGUCCAUGAGCCCGGUUCUGGUAUCGCAGAGACAUUUUGACGAGCGUGCUCCAGCAGAUGAAUGCGUUCUGGCCUCCAUGCGCUGGGGUCUCAUCCCGUCUUGGUUUAAGGAGAACGACCCGAGCAAAAUGCAGUACAGCACCAGCAACUGCCGCAGCGAGAACAUCCUCCAGAAGAAGUCGUAUAAGGAUCCGUUACUGAAGGGCCAGCGCUGCGUCAUCUUGGCUGAUGGUUUUUACGAGUGGCAGAAGCGGGAAAAAGACAAGCAGCCUUUCUUCAUCUACUUCCCUCAGACCAAGACUCCAGAUCCAGAUCCAAAUAAGUCUGUGGGAGAAGCGCCUGCUGAGUGGACCGGAUGGAAACUGCUGACCAUGGCUGGUCUGUUUGACCGCUGGACGCCGCCAGACGGUGGAGAAGCUCUGUACUCCUACAGUGUCAUCACCGUGAGUGCUUGUCCGAAUCUGCAAAGCAUCCAUAACAGGAUGCCUGCCGUCCUGGACGGUGAGGAAGAAGUGAGGAGAUGGCUAGACUUUGGGGAAGUGAAGUCUUCGGACGCUCUGAGUCUGCUUCAGUCUAAAAACAUCUUGACCUUUCACCCAGUGUCCUCUGUGGUCAAUAACUCGCGCAACAACUAUCCAGAGUGUCUUCAGCCGCUGGAUCUGAACAGCAAGAAGGAGACCAAACCCACAGCGAGCAGCAAGAUGAUGAUGACUUGGCUGUCGAGCGGCUCUCCAUCAAAAAGUAAGGAGGCCGGCGUGAGUGAGAGAAAGAAGGACGGCAAAGGGAAGAAGAAGCGGGAAUCUUCAGCGCUUCAGCAGUGGCUCCAGAAAAAAGCCAGAACCAAGUGAAACGUAGGAGUGUUUGGACUUCUAGAUGUUAGUUGGUCCUUUUCUUUUUUUACAUUUUAUAAAAACACAAAAAGUUCAAUAAAUCCCUUCAACUCUGUGUGCUUGAUUCAAGACUUUUAUUACCCUUAUUACUUGAAAAGCAAAGACAUGUUGAAACACUGUAGAUGCUGUGCAUUAAUCAUAUUCAUAAUAAUGGUUAAUGUCACCCCCCCCCCCCCCC